AUGAAGAGACAGAGAAACGAACACGAUGAAGUUACCGUUACCCUUAGAGCCCUAUGUACUGUAAGCAACUUCAACUACAUUUGUCUCAUAUCAUCGAUGAAAAUACGGUUACCCUUGCUAUCAAGGCCUGUCAAGGGGACCCCAAACCCGAUGCCAAAUUCACGGGUUUGCAGUUUCUUCUGA